GCAGCAACUCGUCGUCGUCGUCCGUCGCCAUCGCCAUCAUCUAAAUUCAUCAUCACGUUCGGGGUUCUUCUGGAACUCUAAAUAAAAACUUCAACACAGCAGCAACUCUCUAGAAAAUGCAUAAAAAGAAUGACUUAAAUAUAAUCGUCAAGUAUAGAAAAUAAGGAAAAUAUAACAGAAAAGCAAAAAAGAAACAAAAAAUAAAAUGUAAUGAACAAAAAAAUCAAGAAUAAGAUAAACACACACGAAAAAAAAAAGAAAAAACACUUAACAUUUUUUCGUCAAUUUAUUUGUGAGGCUACUUACGACCAAUUCAAAUAAGACAGAAAAGAAAAAUGGGUCGCUCUUCGAUAAACUCCCAAAAGCUAUCACAAUCUUCUUCUUGUUUAGAAAAGAGCCCCAAAGAUUAUUUAAAACGAAAUCAAUUACGAAAGAAAUCUUCUUCUGCUAUCGCAAAGAAAGAAUUAUUAUUAUCAUCUAAUCGGCGGUGCUCCACAAAGUUAAACGCUGUUAUGCAAAUGGAUCCACCUGGAGGUCGUCGGAGAUUGGCUCGAAAUCCAGUAGCAGAACAACAACAACAACAGCAACAACAACAACAACUCGAUUCCUCACCAUCGCCAGCAACAGAUCCAGAUCCAGAUUCAUCGAACGAUGCCCCUGCUGCAGGUAGCAAUUCAGCUGAAUGUCGUCGAAGUUCACGCAAAAAAACUAUCAAAUUUGAUGUUCGCGAUUUACUAAAUAAAAAUCGUAAAAGUCAUAAAAUUCAAAUUGAAGCACGUAUCGAUUCAAAUGCUCCAGCUCCCAAAGUUGCUGGCACUAGUCAGGUUAGCAAAGCUGAACUGGAUAGUAAACAGAAGAAUUUUAUUGAAAAAUCAGCGAUUUUUCGACGUUAUUCGAUUUCGGAGAAUAAAUUACCACCACGUCCACCACCGCCGCCAGGUGCAUUGAUUCAUACAAUUCAACAAUGUGUGGGGGAGUUGGAACAGUUGCCUUUGGAUGGUGGAGAAUUGAAUAUGGCAGCGAUAUCACCGAUAGCUAGGCGAUUGAGUCGAACUCAGGAUAUACUUACGGCCAGUAUGAUCAAACCGAAGCAGGUAAGCAGUUUGAUAGUCACAAAACUCGAGUGCGCAAGCACUUCGAAGGCAGCGGUUGCGUCGGCAGCUGCAUCGAGUGCUGCCUCAGCGACAACACCAACCAGAAGACGUGUGGCGGGUGGGUGUCAACCAUCGACUUCAGGUGCUACUACACAGCAAAGGGGUCCAAAACGUGGACGUAAGCCGAAAGCCAAAGUUUUCAUCGAGUCCACAGCUGAAUCAUCAUCACUGUCAUCAUCGUCUUCAAAUGAUAGUUUUGACCAAACUACAAACAAUCAGCCAACUAGAAAGAAAGAAGGUCCAUUCCGAAAGGACAUUGAACCCGAUGAACCAAAAGUACACGUUCCUCCAGAUGAAAAUUCCACAACAGCCAUUGAUUUGCAAGAGAAUCUUGAUGCAAGCUCUGUUACACUGCCACAACCAAGAAUUCUAGAUGAUUCUGUGCAUAAUUCUACCGAUGAAUCAUAUGUUGCAGGCAUAGAGGAUCUAUUCACUGAAAAAAAUCAUAGUUCAGAUGAAUCGACAAUAGGAUCGGUAGCAAGUUCGCCCAAAGGUAGCAGCAAAAAAGCCGAUGAGAUAUCGCUUUUUGGUAGAAGUAAUAGCACAGAAACAUCUAGUUCCGAUGACAGUGAAAAGAGACGAAGGAAAAUUCGAAUUUCAGUUAAAAGAGUUUCCUUGACACCUCAAAAGUCACCAAAAUCUGCUGAAUCAAAUUCUGUUGAGCUUAAAGGCGAUACAAUUGAUCUUCUAUCCUCAACAAAUGAUGAAAAUUCAAAUGAAGAUCAGUCAAUAGUCAAAGGAAGAAAAUUUAAAGCAAUAAAAAAAGGAAAUACAAAUCAACCAGUUGAAACAUGUUCAACACCUCCAGUGAUUUUGCUAGAUGGUGAUACAUCAAAUGCAACUUCGAUUGGUAGUAGUGUCAUUGAAAUCACUAGCUGGAAUUCUGGAAUGACUAAUGAAGAUUCCAUGCCAUCAAUCAAUACACGCAGAGUCAGAAGUUGUAAAUUGAAUGAAGACAAUUCAGCUAAAUCAUCAACAUCUGCAUCAUCGACUCAAGAAAGUAAUUUCAAAUCUAUUCAAAAAUCAACAACUGUACCUGCUACUGCUCCUGCUCCUGCUACUGAGAAUGUUGAAAUUUCAUUAAGAAAUCGUAGUUCUUCUCGAAAAUCAAUCGCUCCUCACCUGCCAAUUGAAACCAUUGCUGCCAGCAGUCCAUCGACAAGUCUAACAGACGCACAAUCAAUGGAUAAAGAAAUUCUCGAGACCAAUCAAGCUUCAUUGAUUCAAAAAAAGAAGAUAACUUCUCCUAAAUCAGUGAAGGAAACUGAAGAAAUUGUUCAACAAGCAGUUAGUCCACAAGUUAGAAGUCUUAGAAGUGCUCAAUCUGUUCAGCAAGUUAAGCCACCAACUCCAGCAUCAAAAAGACAAAAGAAAAGCAAUAAAACUCAGGUAGCUGAAUGUAGUACUCCCUCUGAAAAUCAUGCAGAAGAGUCGACAGAUAAAGAAGUUUCAUUGAUUUUUUCGAAGAACGAACAACUGGGAAAUGCUUCUCCUGUAACAAAUCAAGAAUUAACUUUACCAAACACUGAUCAAAGCCUUUCAGAUUCUGCCCAGAGCCAAGCAGAUAUAAAACAUAGCAAAGAUCCGGAUGAAACUGAGAAAAAAAUUACAUCAGAAUCCGAUAAGAAAGAGUCAAUUGCUGCUGCUCCUUUAAAACAAACUCGAUCUAAAGCCUUGAAGAAGCUUGAAAAGGAAAAAUUAAAUGAGCCUUUAUUAUCUGAAGAAGCAGUAGAAAACGAUAAAGAACUAAAAGAGUCAGGUGCAGAAGAAGAAGAUCCUACAAAAUCUAAAAGAGAAUCAACAAGUACUGUAGAAGAAUCAACAGAUCGAUCAAGCACUGAUACAACAACAACAACAGAUCGACGAGAAUCUCCUAGAUUACGUUCUUCUUCAUUGCCAACAAAGAAGCAAACCCAAAAGAAGACUUCUCCUUCUUCAAAAGUCAUUACCAAUUCAAGUACUACACCAGAUUCUUCAUCAGAAAGUUCGGAAAGCCAUGAAAAAUCUUCAAAAAAUCGUAUACAAAUUAAGCCGACGACAGAUAAUAAUGCGAUUGAUGAUAAAUCGAAAGAAGAAACCAGCAGUUUGUGUUCAGAGAGUUCCUCCAUUACGUCUUCGGCAGCAUCAACAAAAUCUUCGUCCUCAUCAACGUCGGCAUCCUCAUCAAAUUCUAAUUCAUCAUCAUCCAACUCCUCAUCGAAUUCUGCAUCGUCUUCUUCCUCUUCGUCAUCAUCAUCCUCAUCGUCAUCAUCAGAAGGAAGAUCUACUCGCUCAUCUAGAAAAAUUUCCCCACAACAUUCACCCCAAUUGAAAGGCUUUGAAAGAAAAUCUCCCAUAAAACCUGACGAUAUCAUCAAAACACAACAAACCACCAAGUCUGAUAGUGAAUGUUCCGAAAAUGCUGCUUCCAAAUUACAAAACUUAAUGGAAAAGCGAAAAACUGCCCGAAUGGAGCAUUGGUCAUCCAGACCACACAUAGACAAAGAAGGAAGUGAAAGUUCUGAUGAUGUUCAACACACCUCAAAGACUCGUUCAGGAAGAUCUAGAGGAAGAGUUGAGAAAAAGAAUGAAGAAAAUAGACGAAAAUCACCUCAAAAAGCCUUGAAACAACAAGAUUUAGGAUCACCGCAAGAUGAAAUAGAGAAAACCCAUGAUGAAACGGCAAAUCAGGAAUCAUCUACAACAGAAACAACAACCACAAAUGAGACAACAACAACAAGUCCAAGAGCAAAAUCGAAAAAAAGAACAAGACGUUUUGUUCCAAUCAAAUAUAGUUCAUCUGAAUCUGGUUCAUUGUCCGAUGAUGGAAAUACACCGAAUGAGAAUACAAAUAGAUUGACCCGAACUCGACGAAAGACUAUAUCGAGUGCAAGUGAAUUGGAAGAAUUUACUGCGACAAAUCUUAGUCCACCAGAUUUGGCAUUGGAAUAUUUGCCACGGAAAUCAAAACAAGCAAGUCCUCCCGUAAGUCCCUCCUCAGGAGAGUUAACAAAGAAAAAAGAUGAAGAUUUAAAAAAUGAAGAAAAAGAAGACAAAUCAAAAUCUUCAAGAUCGAGGAAGGUAACCCGAAAUGCAGCAACACCUCCUGCUGACAUAUCAAAAGAAGCAGAUAAAGAUAUGGAGCAGCAAUAUAUUGCACCAGCUUCCCCAGCCUCAUCAACUGAUUUUUCAACAACAUCAGAAACUCAAGUAAAAGUCUUAAGACAAAGAAAAGUAACGAGAUUAUCUUUAAAAAAUCAGGCUGAUGCUGGACAGAGUGAUGAUUUAGAAUCACCAUCUGGCAAUGAAAAUCAAGUUAUGCCAACUUUACACAGCAGUGCCAUAGAACAAGUACAAGACAAUAGCUCAAAUGACAAAAAUUCAAAACUAGAAUGUGACCUCAAGGAUGACAAGAUCAUCCCAGAUCGCUUUGUUUUUGAUGAAAACAAGGAUCUUUCAUCUACAACACAAACUAGUGUUGUUGCAUUGGACUUGGAAAUUUCUAAAACAAAGUCUCCAAAGCAAAAGAAAGGAAUAAAGUUGUCUACGAAAAACUCUCCAAGCUCAGCAGAAGAAUCGAAGGAGAAGAUUCCUAAACCAAAUGAAGAAGUAGAAAUUGACAAACCUAAACAAGUUGAUGAGAAAGAACUAGCUCCAAAAAUUCUACCAACUCAAAUUGAACCUUUGAAGGAAGUCGUCCUGGAUGAGCAGCCAUCUAAUUUGAAAAAAGUAACUCGUUCCAGUCCAAGAAGAACAGGUGUUGCUGUUGGCGAUGUCGAAACUAAAAAUGAUGAUCUACCUUUGGAUGAUACAACUGAGAAGAACAAAAAAGAAGAACAGGUCCAAGUAGAAGCUAAAGACAAUGAAGAGAUGUUAAAACCACAAACAGAACUAGCAAAGGCCUCUUCCCCUGGAACAAGAAAAGGAACCCGGUUGUCAAUGAAAAAAUUAGAUACCAAUAAUUCAGGACAAAUCGAUAAAGAAGAAGGUCCUGAAAAAGAUGAAAUCAAAACUGUUGAACAUCAAAAUGAAACUCCAGAUUUUGUUUCUGUUUCAGUUGAUGUCGUAAAGUCUGCUGAUCAAAUUGUAAAAACACCUAGACAAAGGAAACCAACAAGAUUUUCUCAAAAAAGUCCAGAAGAUCCAAAGCAGCUUGAUCAACGACAACCAGAAACAAAAGAUGCUCCCGAGGUGAAAAAUUAUGAAACUGUAGAUGAGCAAAAAGAAUCUGAUGUAUUGUCUUCCAAAAUGAAAAAGGAAAAACGUUUAACUCCAAGAAGUUUGAAUUUGAAAGAUAUUGAAGUUGUUCCACAGCAGCAGGAAGUAGAACCUAAAGUCGAUGAAACUCCAGCAGAAGAUUUCACUCAACUUGAAGUUUUAGAAAAACCAAUGCUUCCCGAAGCAGUUAAUAGUUGUAUAGGUGAAGCUCUAAAAUCAAUAGAAUCACCAAAGAGAAAAAGAAAACCAACACGAUUUUCUCCCAAAAGUCCUGAUAAAAUUCAAUCAGAUAUUGUUCCAGUGUUAAAUGAUGAUAAAACCGAAGAAGCACCUAGUAACGUCCCACUAGAAGCUGAAGGUAAAAAGACCGAAGAGUCAUUAUUGGAAAUACAGGCACCUGAGCAACUAGUAAAAACUCCUAGGGCUCGAAAAACAACUCGAUUUUCACCCAAAACUCCUCCAGAAAGCCCAGUAGUCGUUCAAAAAGAGCCUAAGAAAUCAAAAGAAUCCCAAUCACCAUCAGAAAAUGUAGAAAACAAACAGGAAUCUUUUACUGAUUUAGACAAAUCUAAUGACUAUUCCACCUUAUCUAUGGAAACAACUCAAAUAAAAGAACCUGUGAAAGUAACAAGAGGAAGAAAGGCAACAACUCGAACUCCUGCAGAGAAUCUACAAAUUGAAGAAGAAUCAAACAAAGUUUUAGAUGGUUCUCAAUCUGCAAUAACCCCAGAAACUGAAAAUUCUGAGGCUUCUUCUAGUUCAUCUUUAGAACCAACACAAGAACAAAAAGGACUUAAAGCAACAAGAACAAAGAAGGGAUCACGAUUUUCCCUCCAAACUUCUGCUGAUAAUUCAAUUAAUGAAAAUGAUACGAAACCUGGAGAAGCUGAAGAUAAAACUGAUGACUCUUCAAGAGGUACUCGAAAGACGCGAAAAGUUGCUGAAAAAGAGUCAUGUCCUGAUGUCAAGGUUUCUCGCGUUUCAGUUAUACCCACGACAACAGCAGAAGAACAACAAACAUCUAAUUCAAUGGUUGAAAAGGAAAAAUCUCAAGAAUCUACAGAAUCUGGAGAAACCACAAAAGAUAGCAAUUCAGCAGCUAUUGAGCCAGUUAUUCAACAAGAUGAAGUCGAUGCUAAAUCCAAUACAGAACUUAGAGCAGUAAGUUCCCCUGCAAUCCCUAAUCCUACUCCUCCAUCAAAACCUGAACUUGCAACAAAGAAAGGCUUUAAAAAACAAUUGCAAUCAAUGUUGGAUUCUCUUGCAUCCAAAGGAGAUAAAGGAACUCCUUCUCAAAAAGAAACAACACCUCGCAGAAAGAAAAAACAGCAACAACAGGAAGCAAUGGCCCAAGAUAGUCCAACUACAAAAAAAACUGAUGAACCAACAAAUCGAGAAACUGACAUUAUUAAAAUUCCUUUAUCUGAUUCUAAUCAAUCAGAUGAUUCCCAAAAACCUCCAGAUUCAACAAUAACAAAAAUUGAGCAAAAACAAACACCACGAAGGCAAUUGGAUUCGAGUUUCAUAGAAUCCUUGGAAAAGUCACUCCUUCGUCCGACAUCGACAAAGAAAUCUUCAAAAAAGAAAGAAAAAGAAAAGGAGAAGGAGACAACUACUACACCCGUGGUAGAUUCUUCUCCCAAAUCUAAAGAAGAGUCGUCGAAGAAGUCCACCACUACUACAGUCACGGCCAAGAAGUCUCUAUUGGAGCCAUUAGAAGAAUUGAAAAAAAUCGAAACUUCAAGUCCGAAGGUUAAGAAAACUAAACAACCCAAGGAGUCUCCCAAAGUCGAUAAGAAACAACAUCAACAUCACUCAUCCGAAGAACAAACACCAUCGAAAGGAAAAAAGAAUUUAGAAAAAGCAUCAACAAAAGAACUGGAUGAACCAAAACCUUUGGAUAUAAUAGAAUCAAGUUUAUCAGAAAUGUUUAAAGAUGAUCCAAUGACCAUGAAGAAGUCGUCUUUAGAAACAUUUGAAUCUUCAACUCCACAUCAUCAUCAUCAGCCGCAAACACCCAAAACUAAAGCUGAAACAAAAUUCUUCUCCCCCAUGAAAUCAUCAUCGAUUGAAGAUGAACCACCGCCUGCCAUUGGAAUUGUUGAAAAACCAAAUCCAGUGGUAGAAAUAGCUCCUGUUAAAGAAAAAUCACCUGAUUUGCUGCCCGAUCCACUAAAGGAUAUCGAGAAAUUCAUUGAAGAUGGGGUGAAUCUAUUAAAACGAUGUUACAAAAUUGAUGCAGAUGAUGAUUCCUCUUUGGAUAGGGAUAUUCUGAAACCCGAAGAUAUGAUGACACCCAAAAAAUGCAAGUUAGAUGAAAGUGUUCCAGAGACUGAAGAGGUGAAACUACCACCCAGCACUCCACCAGAUGAUGAAAAUUCCAAUUCGAAUUCAGAAUGUUCGACAAUGACAACCAAUACAUCGACCAGUGAGAUUGAUACUCCAAAUGGAAUUCGACGAUCACAUCGUAUCAAGAACAAUUCCAAGAGUACCAAAUGUUUGGUUGGUCGUGGACUGGUAAGAGAGAGAGAACGUUUCUCAACCAAAGACGAUGAAAAAACUAUCUACUCGAUUGACGAUCAGAAGAUGGAUCUGGCAGAAGUUGAGGCAAAGAAUUCCCAGUUCCUCAAAGACAUGGAAGAACGAUUGAGUAAUUUCCGAGUAAUUCGUGAGAAUGAAUACAAAUGUGAACGGGUGAUUAGCAAAGAGGCAAAACGCAUGUUGUGCGAUUGUUUCCUCACCGCCGAAGAAGAAGAACGUGGUGAAUUGGGUUGUGGUGAAGACUGUCUCAAUCGACUGCUCAUGAUUGAAUGUGGCAGUGAUUGUACGGUUCGAGAACGUUGUACGAACAGACGAUUUAAUAAAUUCCUCUAUUCACCAUGUCGGGUGUUUCGAACGGAAAAGAAAGGCUUUGGAAUUAUGGCUGAUAUCGAAAUUCUGCCCGGCGAAUUCAUUAUGGAGUAUGUUGGUGAAGUAAUCAAUGGCGAUGAAUUUGAAUUUCGUAUAAACGAAUAUUCCAAGGACAAGAAUAAACAUUACUAUUUCAUGGCAUUGCGGAGUGAUGCAGUAAUAGAUGCCACUGGUAAGGGUAAUAUCUCACGAUUUAUAAAUCACUCGUGUGACCCAAAUGCCGAGACUCAGAAGUGGACAGUAAACGGUGAAUUGAGAAUUGGAUUUUUCAGUCGAAAGAGUAUUAUGCCGGGUGAGGAGAUUACUUUUGAUUAUCAAUAUCAGAGAUAUGGCAAGGAAGCACAGAGAUGUUAUUGUGAAUCGUCGAAUUGUCGUGGUUGGAUUGGUGCAGAACCUAGUUCUGAGGAAGAGGAUUAUGAAGGAGUCGAUGAAGAGGACGAAAGUGAAGAAGAAGGCGAAGAGGAAGAACGAGCAGAAAAAAUGGCUCCAGUCGUUCCUGUUGUUCCAAGUCCAAUACCUCCGAUUGUUGCUGUUGCAGAUGUAGAAAUGCAACCUCUUUUGCCGGUGGUUACUUCAGAAGUUCCUUCUCUCGAGGCUGAAGCUGUUCCAUCACCGCAGCCAAUUCCGACACCAACACCAAUUAUAACAACUGUGUCAGUACCAUCUCCGGUGCCGGUUGUGGCGACAGAAAUAGUUCCCAAAAAGAAGAAAGAAAAGAAACGUCUUCUACACGAACGUCGGGAGCCCAAACAAUUCCUCGAAGAUCCCGAUAUCGAGGAUGAAGUUCGAUUCCUUGUCAAGUGUGGUUUGCGUAAUCAAGCGGACACCCUUCGUUUGUCUCGUCUUAUUGUGCGAGCUAAAUUGCUUGAAACGCGCAUUAAACUUUUGCAAAUAUUGCGCCAAGGUGAAUUACCAUGCCGAAGACUGUUUCUCGAUUAUCAUGGUCUACGUUUGUUGCAUGGCUGGAUGAGUGAAGUAAUAGACACCCGUGAUCCAGAGAAGAGCAUGGAAAUUCGAAUGGAAUUGUUGAGUGUGUUGGAAUGUUUGCCAGUAGCGAAUAAAACAAUGUUAACUGACAGCAAGGUUUACCAAACUGUACGUGAUUGGUCAAAUAAUAAGGAGUCACAUUCACCAAGUGAUGGAUCUCCCAAAGAAGCGAAUGCUAAUAUGUCAUCAGUACCAGAAUCACCUGUAGUAGCAGUGCCACCAUCAGAAGAUGCUAGUUCGGAAUUGCAGAAACUUGCUGCAAAACUAGUUCAUACUUGGGACAAUUUACCAGAAAUAUUCCGCAUACCGAAAAGGGAACGUAUUGAACAGAUGAAAGAACAUGAACGUGAAGCUGAUAGACAGUACAAGGACGUAGGUAGAGAUUCGAUGAGUGGAUCCAAUCGAAAUCGUAACCAAGAAAGAUUUAUGAGUAAAAGCGGUCAGAAGGGUCGAUUUAAAUGGUCAAAAGAAAAAGAACAACGAGAACGUGCAAUGGAAAGAAGAAAAUUUGCUCAGAAUAAUAGUAGCGGCGGAAAAGAUGGUGCUGAUAAGUCAGCUAAUUCUCAAGCUGGUGAAUCACAUCUGUCCAAAGAGCAAAGGAGGGAACUUUUUGCCGCAAAGGUUGCUCGCGAUGAAGCUGAAAAACGUCAAGCUGAAGAACGUCGAGAAUUCGACAUCAAAUGUCGCUUUUUCGGUCUCGACCCCAAACGAAUACGACCAGAAAAUAUGCCCUUCUGCGUUAAUCCUUCUACCGGUCAAUGGUAUUCUACUGACAAAAAACCAAUUGCAACACCUCCUAGCUAUGCGCACGUUCAAGUACCAGUUAAGCCGAAAUCAACAAAUCCCGAAGACUAUCGACUGCCAGUAAUGGACUUGCCUCCAUUGUGGAAAUUCGCCAUCAGCCCCAAAGGAAAAAUCUACUAUUAUCAUGUGAAAAUUCGUCUACCGCAAUGGGAGCCACCAAUAAAAAUUCUACCUUUGGCAGGAAAAGACACUGCCGAGGUGAAAAAUUCUGAAAGUGAUUCGUCAAAUGCUGGAAUUAUUGACAGUUCUGAGGAUGAUAUUGAAGUUAUUAAAGGCCUUGACCCAGUCAAACUACAAGCAUACAUUGAGAAGAAAAUUGAGGACAGAAGGCUACAGCGAUAUAAUAGGCUGGUUGAAGAAAAACCUAUAAGCCCUCGCAAAGAAGAAGAUCGUAUUUAUAACCAAAUGGAAGUUAGAAAAUAUAAAGAAAACAAAGAGAAAAUACGUAAACGUAAGGAGGAAAUUCGUAGGCGUCGUGAUAUCAUUGGCAUACCACAACCCACUGUUGUUGACCCUACGAGCAGUUUAUCAGAACUUAUCGAAGCUGAAGAAAAGGCUGUAGAUGCACUUCCUAUACAGGAUUAUCUAUUGUCUUCGGAAGAGGAAGAAUUUAUUAAAGCCGAAUGUAAUAAUAGUCCACUUAUUGAUAAGAUUGUUCAAGGUGAUAAGAUUGUGGACGAAUUGGAUGCAUUGCAUCGAAAACGUUCUCUGAAACGACCACUGCCUAUUCGGGACAAAUAUGAGCAUAAGAAACGAAAAGUGGAUAAAAAUAAGGAUUCAAGCAAGAGUACAAAACGCAAUAAAGAUGGAGAAGGAAGCAGCAGCAGUGGUAAAUAUCGCAAAGUUAGAGAAAAAUUCCGGUGUGAAAUCGCUGGCAUUAUUGUUCCACAUUUAAAACCAUAUCGCAGUGAAACAUGUUUUACUGGAAGAAUUCUCACUGAUGAUGAUUUUAAUCAUUUGGCAAGAAAGCUUACCCACUUUGUGAUGGUGAAAGAACUAAAGUACUGCGAGUCAAUUGGUCAAACACUCAUAGUUACUGAAUCAGUCAAAAAUAAAUCCCGCGAAUUCAUUAAAAAGUACAUGGCUAAAUAUGGUAAAGUCUAUGUGAGGCCUAAAAACGAUCCAGAAUUCAAGGAUAUACCAUUCUUGUAAAACAAUAUUAUUAUAAAUUGUUUUUGUUUUGUUUUUUUUUUUUUUUACUUUUUACACAUUUUGCAAUUAGCUUCCUUUAAAAUUGAUCCUAUAAAAAAAUGACUUGCUAUCAUUUGGUAUCGUUUUCAUAGUCUUUAGUUUAUAAGUUUAGUCAAGAGAAAGCAACAAAUCACCGCAAAACAUCUUUUUCAUUUUAUAUAUAAAUAUACAAAAUCAAACAAACAAAAAAACAAGAAAAAAAGGACCUACACUUUUUUUUCUAAAAAUAAAAUAAAUAACUGUAUUGAAUGCAUUAUUUUAGCUCACUUCCUCCUCUCAGCCAUCUUUAUAUCUAUCUAUCUAUUUUAAUUGUAAUUGAUUUAGAUUUUAAGCAAAGCAAAUAUUUUUAAACGUUUUUAUAUAAAAAAAUAACGUUGGAUUUAUGAGUAUUUGUGAAUAUAAAUUAGCAAUCUUAAAUAUAAUAAUAAUAAUAAAUCAUUGGACAUAUAUUAU